UUGCUUCGCACCAAACCUCAGCUGCAAUGGGAAGCAGUGCCUGAUUUGAGCUUUGAUCAACAGAAUCAGCAAAUACCAGUUACAAUAUAUCCCAUUAUAGUUCAGUGCUCCGUUGUAGUGGUAAGCUUUAAAACAAGUUUUGGUCCAAUUGGUGUAUUUAUUCCACAGUUUUAUUUCUUAAAAAAUGCAUUAUUCUCGUGCUGCCCAAUUGAAACAACAAUUGCUUAUGCGCGAUUACUUCAGCGUUCCGUCAAAACCAGAAUAAAUUGCUGGAAGGUCUCCUUGACAAGUGCUUUGAUCGUUUCGUUAUCAGCAUUUGCAAUGGCUGUCUGCUGCACCGCAUUAGCACUUCACGCAGCUCAGUACCAGAGAUGA